ACUGCUAGCUCACACGCAGUAAAUAUGCGUCACGUACUCAUCGGCGGUCAGAUGGUGUAUGAGGCUGUUCGCGACAUUGCAACGGGUGAAGAACUUCUUUUGGGCCUUCGGGAACCGCUUCAGCUGCAGGACAUGUUGGGCGAGAAUACAACCGAGGACAGAAGCGAUCGAGAAACUGCUUCUCAGCAUAGUGGAACUGUCGAUGAGGACAAAGAAGACGAGGAGGAAGGAGAAACGAGGUGCACUGUUUGUGACAAGCCGUUCCAAGAUAUCGAAUUAUUGGAUAGCCACCUGGUGACUUGUCAUAGAUACCCAGCGGAACAGCACCGUUGCGACAGCUGUCCCCGUGCUUAUGCUUGGCGGCCGCUUCUGGUGCGACAUCGUGCUAUCAUUCACGGUGAUCUUAGGAACUAUCCUUGCGAGAAUUGUCCGAAGUCGAACGUUCGGCAGGUCUUCACGGACCCAUCAAACCUACAACGUCAUAUAAGAACGCAUCACGUGGGAGCAAGGAGUCACGCCUGCACGGAGUGUGGCAAGACCUUUGCGACUAGUUCCGGUCUGAAGCAGCACACCCACAUCCACAGCAGCGUAAAACCCUUCCAGUGUGAGGUCUGUUUUAAGGCGUACACGCAAUUUUCCAAUUUAUGUCGGCACAAGCGCAUGCAUGCCGACUGUCGCAUGCAGAUCAAGUGUGGUAAAUGCGGACAGUCCUUCAGCACGGUAACAUCAUUAUCGAAACAUAAGCGAUUUUGCGAUUCGACGACUCCAACCGGUCCACCUGGAACCAUGCCUCAAUUACCAACGCCAGCAACGAGCCCUUUUCUGGUAUAUCCACGGCCUCCCGUGAGCUUACCAGGUGGUUUGCCUUUUUAUCCACCUAGUCUAAUGGGUCCUUAUCCAGGAAUUUUCCCGAAUGCUCCGAAUUUCCUGAACACACCUCUACUUUUUCCGCCGAAAAUCGAAGAAGCCGAGAAGAGAAGCGACAGUCCCAAGAAGGAACGUUUUACUCCUCCGAGAAUAUUAUCGCAACACAAUAAGGUCUCUCCUUCCACAGCGGAGGAAGCCACUUCUACGUUUAGGCCAUCUCCGGCUAGACCACCGGUUCAACCGACCCCGGAGAGUGACGAUGAUCUAUCAAAGAGAAAAGAAGCGGCUAGAAGCAAUGAACGAAAAAUGGAAAUCGAAAGUACUUCAAAGGAGGAACCGACCGAGCAACCGUUGGAUCUAAGGGUGCAGACCAAGAAACAAGAUACCAUUUUAAAAAUUGCGAAUAGAAAAAGCCGUACACCAUCGCCAGCGCCAAUACCGAUGGAGGAAACGCCCGGACCUCCCGAUCCCCCGAAACCGGAAGAAGAUACUGCUGCGCCUUCGCUGAUGGAGCUUGAGUCUAAGGACGUUCAUGGAAAUAGUCCGCACUUGAGGACUAGCCUGCCAAUCGAACAACCGCCGACCAAUACACCGCCCCACAUGGCUUACCCUAGACCGAUACAUCCGAUGUUCCUCGAAACUAUGUAUCGCAGUCCAGCGGGAACCUUUCCAGGAUUUCCUAGCGCACCGCCACCUCCAGGCGGGGCUACUCCGGAAUCUAGGCUGAUACCUCCACUUCCACCUUUUGCUCCACCGCGCGGGCUUCCUUUUUUAGGCUCGCUUAUGAACGGGCUCAGCGGCGCUAGGCCAGGAGCAGGAUUCGACCUGCUUGCCCGGCCGCCACUGAGCGCGUUCCCUGGUGUGAAGCCGUUUCAAGAAGCCGUAAUGGCGCCCCAUCAUCAUCAUCAUCAUCAUCACCAUCAUCACGUUCACGGCAAGAUGAAAGAUCGAUACUCCUGUAAAUUCUGCGGCAAAGUAUUUCCUCGCUCAGCCAAUUUAACAAGGCAUCUGAGGACUCACACUGGUGAACAACCGUACAAGUGCAAGUACUGCGAGAGGUCCUUCAGCAUCUCGAGCAAUCUGCAGAGACAUGUCAGGAACAUCCAUGACAAGCAAAGACCGUUCAAGUGUCCGCUUUGUGAAAGAUGUUUCGGACAGCAGACUAAUUUGGACAGACAUCUAAAAAAGCACGAGGCAGAUGACGGUAGCGGAGUGGUAUCAGUAGCCGACUCGCCUGGAAGCAGCAACGAGAACGAGCGGGAGGACACUUACUUCGACGAGAUCAGGUCCUUUAUGGGCAAGGUCACUUACGGCAGUGAGAGUGGCUAUGGGUCAUUGCCGCAUCAUCCGGCCUAUAUUCCCAGUCGCUUGCAUGAGAUAAACGAGUCUAAGAUGGAGGUCGAAUAUGACGAAGACGAGGACAGCGAGGAGGGUGUGUCUCCUUUAGAGGAGACAGACGGACUAUCACCGAUCGAGGUCAAAGAAUCCCCAUCGCCCUCGCAGUAUGAUCUAAAGCUGAGAGAAAAACAGGAGAUGCUCAAUAAUAAUACCGCGGAACCGGUGAUCGAGAUUUCGACAUAGCCCAGAAGUCAGUCUGGAUGAUCUAUGGGGUCGCUUCGAAAGAUGAGAAGUACUCGUUUUUAUUAAUGUACAGAACUAUUGUGGGAUAUACGUUCGUCUUAGAACUCUCGAUUGUAACAGCGUUUCUUCAGAAAUAACGUCAAUGCAAGAUUACUUAGCUUAGAACGGUCCGCGUAUUUCGACUUUGCAGAAUAUCAACCAUUUGCUUCUACAAGCGAACAACUCUCGAGUAUAAUCGAGUUAUUCUCCGUGAUCAUAUUGUGACGAUACCGUAAAUCCAUGGAAGACAGUACCUAUAGUAAUAAUUAUAAUUACACAUUGAUAUAUCCGUACCAGAAUUUUUCAGAGAAGAAAUUUAGUAAAUCUCAUUGUACUUGUAAAACAGGUGCUCUGUAAAAAAAAAAAACGUAAAAAACUCGACGAACAUAAAAGUCCCCCAAAGAUUCCUGUUACGCUAUCCCUUUUUUACACUUCAUAUUUGUUUGCACUGGAAAAACGUAUUGUAAAGAUCAACGACCAUUCAGUCCCCUUCUUACACAUGCAUGCCACAAGCUCUUCUAUAAUCUAAUUAUAUAGUUUCUACAGAUUCGUUAUAAAUGUAAACGCGCACGAAAUUCGAUAUUAUCCCUCUUUGUCUUUAGCAACGAUUAAAA